UUUUACUUCUAAUACAUAACUACAUACUUAUAACUAUAUACAUAUACAAUCGCAAGUCAAUUUGAUUAAAACACAGUUAUGGAGCUGAAGACAAUACUACGGAUCGUGGAGCUGGUAAUAGCUGUUGUUCUACUGGUCAUUUGGUAUGUUCUGGGCGCAUAUGCAAACAGGGUGAUGAUAGUGUGCGGUACUGUUCUUGGAUUUGUCAUCAUUUGCGCUGUACUAGUGGCCCUUGAAUUCAUGGACUUCCAAGAUUCUCAUGCCUUUACGUUAAUUGGCGCUAUUCUAUUUAUUAUCUGUGGCGGAAUAAGUAUCGGCACGAUGCCUGAUUAUGGUGACGGGAGGGUUACCUGCCUAAUCGCAGGAAUUUUAUUCUUUUGUAAUGGCGUAGUUUUUCUGGUUGAUUUCAUUUUUGAAAUUAAAAAUAGCUCUGGCGGCAGGGCCUAAGGACAUGCGUACAUAAAUAUGUAUUGAGAUAGUUUUGCCAUUCAAUUCACUGCAAAUAUUCAGAAUAUUUGAAAUGAUUAGAUGCACGGUGCUAAUAAAUACAUUUAUUUGAUUCCGAAAUUAAACAAAUACAGACGUUCCAUGCGAAGAC